AUGAGACCUAGCGAAGGGAGGGAGAAGCGACGGAGCAAGGUGAGAGAGAGGCGGGAUCCACCAGGAGAGCAGCAGGGGCCCAGGGACCCAGGCUGUCCCCGGGGACGCGCCGGUCCGGGGCACGCGCGCACCUGCCCGCCCCAGCAUCUUCGCCCCACAGCCAAGCAGCUGCCGGAACUAAAGUUUCUUAAGGAGGCAAUGUCCCAAGAUCAAGCGGCCUCCGCGCGGCCCCCGCCCGGGCCUCCACGGGCGCCGGGGCUCGGAGGGGUGCGGGUCUUGCCACCGCCGGGCGGCCCGCGGGGACACUUGCGUCGCCGUCUUAGACCGGGGGACCCGACUUGGCCAAGCCGGCAGAUCCCUGGGAAACCGAUAGACUCUAAUUGA